AUGAGUGGUUUCGAGAUAGUUGGAGUUGUUCUGGCGGUCUUUCCGGUUAUUACCCAUGGCCUCAAGUUCUAUUCCGAAGGAACUGGCUUAGUCAACGACUUCUUUCACUAUCAACAUGUUUUGAAACGCAUCGGUCGAGGUCUGGCUCGCGAGCAGACCAGCUUUAGCAACUCUUGCAGGCGAUUCAUGGAGGAUGUUGCCAAUCAGUGCGGAGUUGGGGAAGAAGAGAUAGCCGAGAUGAUGCAAGACCCAACAGAUCCCCGAUGGCGGGAAGGAGAUCUUGUCAAGGAACAUGUCUUCCGUCAAAAGUCUGUGCAGGAAUAUCUAGACACGGUGGAGGAUAUGAACGAAGAGCUGGCGAAGAUCAGGGAUUUGACUGCGAUAGAUGCAGGCGACGGUCGAUCCAAACCGCUCGAUAAAAAGUCUCGCCGCCGGCAGUGGAAGAAGAUCAUCCUCGUGCUCAAAAAGGACGAUAUCACCCGACACCUUGAAGAAGCCGGGCGCCUGAACAACUUUCUAGCGCGAUUGACAGAGCAAAAUCAGCCUAUGACCGCUACACGCCAUGUUUCACGCAGAAACACCAAGCACUAUGUGCGGAUCCGUUCUCACGCUAUUGAUCUGUAUGAGAUAUUCCAGAACAAAUUUCCAGCAUCACCUAGCUGCAAUUGCAUGCUGCGGCACGAUGUGAAUAUGAAACUAGAAUUCCGCAGUGCGAAAACUACUGCAAAAGGCCUCUAUUUCCACGCUAUAUUUACGUCCAAUAUUGCGUUUUCAUCGAGAAACUGGCGAGAGAUUGAGAUGGAGCCUUGGAAAACGAAUGAAACAAAGCUCUGUCGGGAUACUGAUCGUCAUAGCCAAGUGAGAUUUGCCGAUCCACCCUCCCCAACAGCAUCCGAUUAUGAAGACAUCUCCGACCUAUGCGCAACAAUCAUAGGGCCGUCCUCAUCACGGGAUUGGCUGGGCUUCAUCACAAGUGAGAAAGGCCAACAGCAUCGUAUCAGGUCUAUGGAUUACCAUCAAAGACUACUGGACUUCAAAAACAUUGAUACAGUAUCCCUGGCCCAAGUUCUGCGUGAUAAAUUAUUCCGUCAAGAGCAACGAUCUCGGCUGGGAUUAAAGUUAGCUUCUUCGGUGAUGCAGCUACAUACUACGGAUUGGUUAACAGAUUUCUGGAGCAAAGAUGAUAUCUUGUUCCUGCGUUCCUUGGAUGCCACAGUUGACUUCGACGGCCCGUUGAUUCGACGCAGCUUUGAAACUCGGAAUAUGGACUUGACUGAUAUAUCCCAAAGUCUUCCAAAACCCUGGUUGAAUGCAUCGAUUCCAUGCCUAUUUUCACUGGGGAUUGUUCUCUUAGAGCUUUGGUACCGAGAAUUGUUUGAGAACCUGAAAAAUGAAGCUGAAAGAAAGAUGCCACCAGAAUUCUCCGACCCUUUGGCAGCGCGACGCUUGGCCAAUGAGAUGGACUCUGGCCCGAACUAUAAGAACAGUGUCUUGCGGUGUAUAUCUGGACUAGACGCGGUAUACACAUCACUGACAGAAGAGAAGUUCCAAAAUGAGGUGGAAGAGAAGAUUCUUUCCCCUUUGGAAGAGGACUUGAAAUUUUACUGCGACAUAAAAUCAAUAGAGGAUUGCAUAUAA